AUGACAAGAUUUGCUGUUGACAUAGAUAUGUUUGUCACAAAUGGAAGUGGUUAUAACCCUGGAAUAUGGAGUCAUCAAAAAGUAACAGACCAUGACGACUACGGAUAUGCUUACGAUCACGACAGUUAUGGUCAUGGUAAAACAAAAAUCAUAGUGAAUAAAGGACAUGAAUAUGGGUACGAUUACGACGGUUCUGGAAAUGGUAAAACAAACAUCAUAGUGAAUAAAGGACAUGGAUAUGGUUACAAUAACGACGGUUAUGGAAAUGGUAAAACAACGAAAAUUAUAGUAAAUAAAGGAAAUGGAUUUGGUUACAAUUAUGACGGUUAUGGAAAUGGUAAAACAAACAUCAUAAUAAAUAAAAUACGUGGUUAUGGUUACGAUCACAACGGUUAUGGAAAUGGUAAAACAAAUAUCAUAGUAAAUAAAGGACAUGGAUAUGGAAACGGUUACGGCGGUUAUGUAAAUGGUAGACCAAAAAUCAUAGGUAAUAAAGGAUAUAGAUAUGGUUACGAUUACGGUGGUAAUGGAAAUGGUAUACCACAAAUCAUAGUAAAUAAAAGAUAUGGAUAUGGUUACGAUCACGACAGUUAUGGAAACAGUAAAACAAAAAUCAUAGUAAAUAAAGGUAAUGGAUAUGGUUACGAUCACGACGGUAACAGAAAUGAUAGAACGAAAAUUAUAGUUAAUAAAGAAAAUGGAUAUGGAAAUGGUAAAAUAAAUAUCAUAAUAGAUAAAGGAAAAGGAUAUGGUUACGAUCACGAGAGCUAUGGAAAUAGUAAAACUAAAAUAAUAGUAAAUAAAGGAAAAGGAUAUGGUUACGACCACGACGGGUAUGGACAUGGUAAAACGAAAAUCAUAAUAAAUAAAGGAAAUGGCUAUGAUUACAAUCAUGACGGCUAUGGGAAUGGUAAAACGAAAAUUAUAGUAAAUAAAGGACAUGAAUAUGGUUACGAUCACGACGGUUAUGGAAAUGGUAAUACGAAAAUCAUAGUAAAUAAAGGAAAUGGUAACAAUCACAACGGUUAUGGAAAUGGUAUUACAAACAUCAUAGGAAAAGGAUAUGGUUACAGUCACGGCGAAUAUGGAAAAGGCAAAACGAACAUUAUAGUAAAUAAAGGAAAAGGAUAUGGUUACAAUCACGACGGUUAUGGAAAUGGUAAAACGAAAAUUAUAGUAAACAAAGGAAAGGGAUAUGGUUACAAUCACGACGGUUAUAGAAAUGGUAAAACGAAAAUUAUAGUAAAUAAAGGAAAAGGAUAUGGUUACAAACACGACAGUAAUGGAAUAGGUAAAACGAAAAUUUUAGUAAACAAAGGAAAAGGAUAUGGUUACAAUCACGCCGGUUAUGGAAAUGGUAAAACAAAAAUCAUAGUAAAUAAAGGAAAAGGAUAUGGUUACAAUCACGGCGGUUAUGGAAAUGGUAAAACAAAAAUCAUAGUAAAAAAAGGAAAAGGAUAUGGUUACAACAACGACGGUUAUGGUAAUGGUAAAACGAAAUUCAUAGUAAAUAAAGGAACUGCAUAUUGUUACGAUCAAGACAGUUAUGGUAAUGGUAAAACAAAAAUUGUAGCAAAUAAAGGAAAUGGAUAUGGUUACAGCCGUGACAGUUAUGGUAAUAGUAAAAAGAAAAUCAUAAAAAAUAAAAAUAAAGGAUAUGGCGCCAAUGUGUAAGACCAAGGUUGAACUAGAAUCUACUGGCUAUAAAGACCUUUUUUGUUGCUGCUUCCAAUAAAUUUUUUCUUUAAAGCAUCUUGCAA